ACACUGGCUCGCAAGUUGUUUCACUAGCAGAAGUCACACAUCUAUCAGAGACUUUCUAACUGGUCACCAGUGAGUCAUCUUCUGGACCUGAACUGUGAAUUACGCAAGGAGGGCUACUCCUGCCAGGUGAAAUUCAGAAUAUUACAGUUAAGUCUAAAAAUUGCCCCAGAUGAAGGAGAAAGCCCUGCCUGACUGACAGGUCAGCUUCAGAAAAAGCCAAGCCUGAGAAACAAUCCAGAAGUUUUCCACGAUCAGAAGAAAUGAGCACUGAGAGACCUUCCCACCUCAUCAAACAACUAGGGCAGACAAGCAUUCCUUCCCUCAAAAAUAUAAGUGAUUUCUCCUUAAACGCCACAGACUGCACCCAGGUCGUGGUGCCAGAGGAAGUUUUUUUCACUGUUGCUGCUGCUGGAAUACUGGAAAAUCUGCUUGUCCUCAUUGCUGUUGUCAGAAAUAAGAAUUUGCACUUGCCCAUGUACUUCUUCAUUUGCAGUUUAGCGAUUUCAGACAUGUUAGGUAGCUUGUACAAAACUCUGGAGAAUAUCUUUAUCAUCUUAUGCAAAAUGGGGUACCUUACACGUCGUGGGGACUUUGAGAAAAAGCUGGAUGAUGCCAUGGAUUCCAUGUUCAUUCUGUCCUUAUUGGGGUCGAUUUUCAGCCUGUUAGCUAUUGCAGCAGACAGAUACAUUACUAUCUUCUACGCUUUGCGAUACCAUAAUAUUAUGACACUAAGAAGGGCCUUAGCUAUCUUGGCGAUCAUUUGGACGUUCUGUGCUGGCAGUAGCAUUGCCAUUGCCCUCUUCUCUUAUGAAGCAGCAACAGUCAUUCCCUUCACCAUCCUGUUCCCUUUAAUGAUGUUUUUUAUACUGUGUCUUUACAUCCAUAUGUUCCUCCUGGCUCGAUCUCAUGCUAAAAAGAUUGCCUCACUGCCAACCAGCACAGUCCACCAGAGAACUAACAUGAAAGGAGCCAUUACACUGACUAUCUUCCUUGGAGUUUUCCUUUGUUGCUGGGCCCCCUUUGUUCUUCACAUACUCUUAGCAAGGUUUUGCCCACAUAACCCUUACUGUGCCUGCUAUAUGUCCAUUUUCCAUGUGAAUGGGACACUCAUAAUGUGCAAUGCGAUCAUUGACCCUAUGAUUUUUGCAUUCCGAAGCCCAGAAUUGCGGAGUACAUUUAAGAAGAUGUUUUGCUGUACCAGGUCGAACCAAAACUGGUAAACACAUCAUGAAAAAUGAAUAUUAUAGAAGAAACCUAUGUGAUGCUGUGCAACAUCAGUUUGCACAGUUAAAAAUACUAAUGAUACUGACCAAAGUAGUACCAUGCGUGUAGGAUACUGCCAGUGAUAUUUAGAGGGCUACCAAAGAAUGCAUGAAAACAAAACACACACAAAACUUUGCCAACCAGACCUCCAGAAAUAUUAGUAAUUAAAUUAAUUCUACUGAUAAUUUUCAUGCAAGUAAAAA